CUUAACAGUCUUUGUUUUUCUCGGUUGGCCUCACACUCCUCUCACCAGAGGAGCAGCGAUGACUUUGACUGCAACAUCAUCAGGAUUUUCCGUCUUUCUUCUGUGUCUGACUGGUAUCGUAUUUGUGUUUGUUAUUCAAUGCUUUACAUUUUUACUGCUUUUCCCUAAAUGGCUUCAGUGCUUCUCUUUUCAGCUGAUUUCCUAAAACAGAAACGUAUUUUUUUUAAAGGCCAAAGCUUUGUUACAAAAUUACAAAGUACAACAUAAGUAGUUAGAAUCUUUUUAGUGUUGAAACUUAAAAGACUAAUUGUUUUAAGGUCUGAUCUUACCCCUUACAGUCACAGAAAGCCUUUAAAAGAAUUUUAUUUGAGUCAGAAUGGAGUUGCUACUUUUUAGCUUAUAUUUACUCAUUACAGUUUUUUCUGAGUUACAACAUUUGAUCUUUCUUUCUCUUCUUCAAACAUUUUCACAUUUUGUUGCAUCUUCAAAGACCAAAGGAGAAGCACAGUUUUCUGCUCCACCCAAAACAAUUGUUUAAAUUUAGAGGUGGAUAAUUAUUAAUUGAGAAAAGAGAAUUCAGAGUGUUUCUGGAUCAUCAUUGAGGAGUCUGGUUUAAAUCAAAACAAAAGUCAAAAUAAGAGAAUCUCAGUAAUUUGGUGAAAAAUAUGAGACACUCAGACGAGCCAAAUGCAGUUUAAAAGACACAAUUACAGAGAUGUUAUAAAAAUAAAGAGAUCGUCUUUUUGGGUCUAAAAUUCAGUUUUAAUUUUUGUUUUAAACAAAUAAUUUUGAAAUAUAAGGGGAAAAAAUCCUAAAAAGAUACAUUUUUGGAACACAAAUGUUUUAGACAAAAGUUUAAAAAAUAAACAAAUCUGUAAAUCAGACCAUAAAAUCUAAAUUGUUAAUGUACACAAUAUACUAUUAUUUCAAAUUAUUUCUUUACAUUUGGUUUAUUAAAAAAUAUUAAAUUAAAUAAUUACAUUAUUUUUAAAAGUUAAAAUUUAACAAAUGCAGACAACUUGGAUGACGUCAUACGGACACAGCAUGGAGGUGUGACAACUGUAAUGUGGCUUUAUGAACAGGAAGUCUUUAUGGUGUGAAGAACGUUGAGACAACUGAGCACAAAGAAGUCAGUAAAUUUACCCUGUAAUUUUUUUUCUUGAUUCAAAAUAUGUAAAAUUAAUCAUUUUUUUCCUGGUGAAAUUUUCAGUUUUUUUGACAAAACUAAAGUUAGUGCCACACUAGUGAGGUUGUGCUGAAUAAAAUGAUACCAGAUAAGUAAGCAAGUAGUCCUUCAAAUUGAAAUACACAGGAAACUUCAAAAGUUGAUAAAAAUUGAGAUUUAGACCCUGUAGGUUCCAAAGAGUUAAUUUGUGAUAUUUUAUUGUUACAUCCCCAGUGGGCAAACCUGCCCAAAGUCUAGGGGAAAAGUACAAAAGGGGACAAUAGCAUAGUAAUAAUGACACUAGUAAGAAUAAGAAGAGCAAACUUAUUAAAUAAACUAGACCUGAGGCAGGUGUUCCUGUUGAGGUGUAACACUAUCUUCAGUAUAUUUGUACUCUUAAGUUUCUUGUGUUAUUUUUCCCCAUAGAAUCAGCUACAGUGAUCAGGAAUGUUGAUACAUUUGCUGAGUGUAAUAAAGUUCCAUAUGUUAUCCUUCUGCUUCAAAAUGAUUCUGAUGUUUUUCAGGGAUUCACAGUCAGUCAUGGGGAGUGAAAUAUGCCUCCAAAAACAUCUGUGCUUUUGAAGGAUCCACAGUGGAAAUGUCCUGCACCUACACAUACCCACCCAGGAUAAAUGACCAGGAAACUGUUGUUCAGAGAACAUUCUGGUUUACUGAACUGAGGAGCAAAGAACAACUGGACCUGAGAGAAGAUAUAAACUAUGCAGGUAGAAUUACGUAUCACUGUUCUGACAAGAACUGUUCACUGAAGAUCUGGGAUCUGAAACUGAACGACCAAGCUGAGUACAAGUUCAGCUUUGAGACAAACCAACCAGAUAGGAGUCUUACCAGUUCAGCUGGAGUCUUCCUCACUGUAACAGCUCUCCAAGUUACAAUUCAAUCAAAAAGUGAGUGUAAAACUUAUUACUGUGCAUGGUUGGAGCUGUCGUGCCACAGCAGUUGUCUUCCUUCUCAUUCUUCCUUCCUGUGGUACAAAAAUGGGAAAGAAAUCCCAGAUAAAACUCAACAGAAGUACUCCGAUUACUUUUACAGAGGAGAUAGUGUUUCCUGUGCAGUAAGAGGACACGAGUCUUUCCACUCUCCUCUUGUGUGUGGUUAUAGGGGUCAAUGCAACAAAGUGUCUUACACUGAAAGAAGCAUCUGCGCCUUCAGAGGAUCAUCAGUGAUCAUCUCUUGUUCUCACCAAGGUCUAAACUCUGACUCAUCAGGUUCCUGGAUCAGUGUUCGUGGUCAACAGGCGUUCAACCAGAACACUGGGAAAUAUCGUUUUCAAGUCAGAACUCAUCAAGAUCGCUCAAGUCUGACAAUCAGUGACCUGACAGACAGUGAUUCAGAUGAAUAUCGGUUGAAAUCAACAUGGUGGUACAAUGAUUUCCCUGGAACAACUCUCACUGUUGUUGAUCCUCAUGUGGAGGUGAUCCGGUCUUCCUCUGAACAGGAACUGGUUUGUCACAGCAGCUGUUUUCCUCUGCAUCGUUUUCCCUUCAUGUGGUUCAAGAAUGAAGAGGAAGUUCUGGGAGAAACUUCUUAUUCUUACAGAAAACCCGUUUCUCCUGAAGACACUUACUCCUGUUCUUAUGAGGGUCAGCGCUCACCUGAAGUCUGUAAGAUGAUUUACAACUGGAAACAAUCAUCAGGCCUUUGAACGCAGAUUUUUAAAAUGUUACUAAAAAAAUAAUAGUUAAAAAA